AAUUUAUAGUCAGACGUCACAUGUUACAUUUAAAAAAAAAUUAGAGAGUCGAGUAAAGUACUGGAAUUUUAAGAGCAGGUUAGGAUCGCUCAUUUGUCAUCAGCUGAUCGGACACUUGGCACCUGCUUGUAUCGACAUGUUCGUUCAGACUCCGAUCGUAUCCAGUCGAGUCGUUCUGUGAUAUAUAUCUCGUGAUAGCCGUAACAAUUGAUUGUGCUCGAUCAUGGACCCAUCGAAGGACGAGGUACAGACGGAGGGAGGUCUGAUUGAAAAUCUAUCCACGGAGCAGAACUCGAGAUGCGAGUCACCGAAACGCGGCACCACGCUCUCCACCAGCACCAGCAGUUUCGAGGCAUUGGACCCGCACGAUCCAAACCUGAGUCGUUUGGCGAACACAAUGUUCCAGAAGACGGGCGAAUACCUGCAGGAGGAGCUCACCGCUACCCACGCAGACUAUCGGCUGCUGGAGCGUCUAAACAAGGAGACCAUCGCAAAGUACACGGAACUGAAGAUCAUCUCGUCGAACGUAGUGCAGUCGUUGGACUCGCUGAAUGACAAGUAUAAGAAGUUACAACCAAUCCUGGAUAAUAUCAAUCAGAUUGAUGACAGCGUUAGUAAAUUGGAGCAAGCUGCAUAUAAGCUAGCAGCGUAUUCCAAGCGACUCGAAGCCAAGUUUAAGGAUCUUGAAAAGGAUACGAAAAAUAAAUGAAAUUGUAAUUAUGAAUAUGUAAAUCAUUGUAUGUACUUUUAUGUAAUUAUCCUAUAAAUAAUAGGAUAAUAUAAUUAUAUAUCUUAAGCGACAGUUACAGUAUUGCGAAUAUAAAUGAUUGUAUAAAAAAUAAGUAAGAGAGCUAGCAGAAAAGCAUGUCUUUUGUACAUUGUAUUUAUUAGUAUAACGAGACCUCUUGAACACGCUUACAAAACUUCUAUAAAAGUGUAGUUUGCUAUCCCUUUGCAUAUCAUACAAAAUCUGACUGUUAUAAUUAACUUAUUAAUUAAAAAUGAUACAUCUUA